GGCUCUGGGUGGCGCUUACCUCAAGCAGCUCCCCGAAGCAGUGGCAUGCUCCCCCUCCACCUCCUAUUUGGAGGUGCAGUCAGGAGUCUCUGUGCACUCACUUCCUUGUCUGCAGGCGCAGCCCCUGGCUAAUGGGAGCUGCAGAGCCAGUGCUUGGGGUGGGGGCAGCAUGCGGAGCCCCCUGGCUGCCCCUACACGUAGGAGCCAAAACGGGGACACACAUACACAUUUUAUUUGGUUAGAAAGCUUUCUUUGUUCUUUGCAUGUAUGUAUAUAUACAACACAACUUUGUGCAGUGUUUUACAGUGUAAUGAGAAUUCAUGUCUGACCUUGAGCAAUGCUGAAAUCUACAGCCACUGUCUUUUCAUUGGAUAAUUUAUUUUUUGAAAGACCAGAUGCAAAUCAAAAGUAAGUUUGUUGAAUGAUGUACUUUACUGGUUCUCAACCUUUUCCAUAUCUUGACCUCAUGUUGCAACAGAGAAGAGUUUUGGAAUUUCCCCUUCCCCUCUAGCUGUAAAUAAAAAAAAGAGAGAGAGAAGGUGUGAUGCUAAUGAGGGUUGUUAGUCCCAAACUGGGAACACAUAAUAUUCUGAAAUAUUGGUUAAAGUACACUGAACAAUGUUACUUUGUGCUUGUUUGUACUGUAUACAGUAUGUACUUCUAAGACCUGGACUAACAGAAGUUUUGUCUUAAAUUUACUAUGACUUUUUAAAGAAAUGAUUAUUUAUAGGCGAAGGAACAAUCAAUGUGGUACUUAUAAUUAAUAACGUUAACAUACAUUUGGUGGGAAAUGGUUAAGGAAUACUUUUAUCUCAUGUACCUUUGUUACAAGCAGAUAUUUAGAACAUGAAGAGCCAAAAAAUUGGUAUCUUGCACCUGCUCCAUCUGUUACUGGAAUUCCAACCACUCAGGAGUUACAAAAGGAAUUGGAAAAAAAUAACUGUCUAGGUAAAAUGUUUGAUAUUCAUUUUUAAUAUGAAAUAGACUGGUGCUCAUGUGAAGUAUUAUAGACAUGUAAUUUAGAAAAAUAAUAGUUCGGAUUCUGAGGGAUGAGCGUGCUCCUUUAUUGUUCUGGUGAUGCAAAGGAAGUGAAAACCAGGCACGUCCUCUCUGCUGAGCAUUCAGAGCCUUUACUUUGGGGGUUUCAUGGUGGUCAUGCGCAGCCCCUGGUAUAGAAGUGUGGAAGGUGGUAGUUUGAAGGAGAGCAGGGCAUGACCAGACUCCGUUUACUUUGGAUUGUGGUAAGGUGCCAUAGGAAGGCGCUGUAAGAGUAUGAUGGCCCACACAUCAGCCCAGUGUUCAAGAAAUGCAAAGGUGAGGUGGUAUAAAGCCACCUUUGCCCUUCUGCUCACCACGGACCCCCUCUGGUUAUGCCUUCCCAACUGCCCCACUAAGGAGGCACAGCUUAGAAUUUGACCUAAAGAUUUACAAUGAGUAAUUAUUUUGAAUGAGUGUCCAGGGUCUCUACCAGGAGAAAAUUUUCUCCUCAGAUUCUGGUGUUAUACGAUCACAAAAUAAACUUGUACAGCUCUCAGCUGCUGUGACUGAUAGGUUCUUUUUUUGUUUUGUUUUUGUUUUUUGAAUUGUGGUGCUAAGGCCCUUUUCUUCAUAUGCUUCUGUACAUGAAUAAUCCUAUUAAACUCAGCGGCACUACACAUUGAAUAAAGUUACGUACAUUUGCAAAUGUUUGUGUUUAACAAGCUUAACUGGCCUUUGUAUUUUUCACUUACAAACAUAUGACAUUGACAUUAAUAUAGGAUGGCAACAAUACUGGGCCAAAUUCUGCUCUUCUUACUCAUUAAUUAUACAUAUACCCCAAAACCUCAGUGACUUCAUUGGGAAUUUUUAGUGUGCAGGGAAUACGGGAGAGGGUUCAUAGUCUUUAAUCUUACUAACAAUUUAAGGAUUGCUCCAUUGUAUCAAAAACCCUUAGUUUACUUCUGGCUGUUAUGCAAGCAUUGGAAUAGAAGAAACAACCAACAAAGACCUUUAAAAGCAAUACUGGCAAAGAUCAUAGGCUGAAUUGGCCUCUGUGUAAGUUGGGGGAUAUGAAACUCCACAAGAUCCCAAUCCUGGCGUUUCCUCCAAAUUGUUUUGCAAGAAGGGACGGGUUGACAGAAGUGGAUCUGUACUACUGAGUCAUUGGGGUGAUCAGAAUCUGUACAUACCUUGGGAUAUCUAGUAAAAGCCAAGGCUGUCUGUGUGGAAGCCCUGUGCAUGCACACUUGUUCCCACCUGUGACUCACACCAGUCAUAUUACUAAAUUACAGUUUGUAGAUCUCCUGCAGUAGCCUGGCAUCUUUCAUAUGUGUGUUCAGUUUUUUGCAGUGAGAAGGUAAUGUCUGAUUCCUCCAGAGCUGCAAGAUUCUUAUGUAUGGGGCUUGAAAGGUCUUUGUGACCAGGGGAAAUCUGUCUUCUACCUGUCAUGUAGUUUUGAGUUUUCUACUCCAUUUUGUUACCCUCUGUUUUAUGUAGCAGAGGGUAGCAAGUAGCCCAAUUUACGUCGGUUUUUGGUUGACAACAUGAAGAUUAGAUACAUCUGCAUUGAAAGACAGUAUAUAUAAUAGGGUACUUAAAAGAAAAUAGCACUGUCCAUACGGACAAUAUAUGUGAACUUGGUCCUAUUUUAUGCAGAGAUUUAAUGCACUGACUGAAUAUUAUAGAGGGAAUAAUGUGUUGGCUUUUAUAGAUGAGACAGAGAGGCAGAAGUUUAUACCACAUUUUAAGAGGGCUGUUGAAGAACCAAAUGGUAAAUCAUCAGUAUGUGUCCAUUUUGACAUGACCUAUAACAAGCAAGAAGUACUUAAGUUAAGUUUAGGAGAGGGAGAUAAGUCAUUUGCAACAUGAAAGUCUGGAAUUGGUUUCCUCUUUUCCCUGUUCUGACCACAAUAAAGAUAAAAAAUGAAAUCAGGGCUUGUCAACAACCUGGUAGAAAUAUUUCAGAAAAUAAAAUAUUAAUUAACUUUCAAAAAGAUGGUGAUGAUGAAAGUACCAGCUCAACAUUCAAAAAAGGUAUGUGUUUCUAGUCAAUUAUCAUAAUUCAUCAACUAUCAGAAUCAUAUUAUUAUUUUAGAUACAUUUGUCAAAGACUGAGUUUUUGAUCCUUGAAAUGAAAGUACUUAAUAGAGCUCCAGGCACUAACGCUAUUAUUCUUUUGCAUGUAAUUAAAAACAGAUAUUUCCUCCUGGCAAUAUUUUAAUACCUUAAUUAAAUUUGCUCUGAGCUCAACCCUUCUACAAGAAAGUUAAGCAUGGAGUAGAUUUUGUUAUUUUAAGGAAAUUACUGACUAACACAAACACCCCUAGAUGAAUGUAGCACUAACUUGUUUAUUGCUGUAUGAAAUUGAAAGCCAAUUGGAAGACUUGGAAAAACAGCCCUCCAUGCAGCUUUAUUGCUGCCUAAGAGGAGAGGUCAUACAUAUAAACCAUUCUUCUUUCAUGUCCAGCUAUUCCCAGUCCUCAGGUCUUUAAAUUUCAUUCUUUCAUCUGUGCAGUAAGUGGCAAUCUAGCAUUAGAAUCCAGUAUUUGUUUUGCAUGGCAGGAUAGAUGGGUUUAGUAGCCUGUCCAUUGUGAUUCAGUUCUUAAAAAUCUGGCUAGAAAAGAGGACUACUUUCUAGGUAGACAAAUUUCAGUUGGAUCAAGCAAACUUAGACAUGCUUAUGAGAAGAAAAGAUUUUGUUUCCUACUAUUUGUAUUAUCAAAAAAGUGUAUUCUUUGAAAAUAUUAGGACAAUUGUAAUAAAAUAUAUGAAAUCUCUUAUAAAGACUUUUGAAGCUUAUUUAAAACAACUAAUUAUACAUAUGCAAAUAUAGAUUACAAAGACAGUUCUGUGAUGAAGGAAGUUGACAUUUAUUGUAAUACAAUUAAAAAAUAUAAAAGAUGAAAAAAGUUAUGGAAAAAUAAUCAUAGUAUGUAGAUAUCUCAAUAUUCAGAUUUUGGUGUAAAUGAUGUUUUUUCCACUUCUGAAGAUGGAAAAGAAGUUAAAGUACAGUCAUUUCCUGAUGCUUCAAAGACUUUUGGCGUGGAAGAUUCUUUACACAGAUAGGAACUUUGUGAUUUGUGCUCCGACUGGUUCUGGAAAAACUGUAAUGUUCGAACUAGCUAUUACAAGGUUACUAAUGGAAGUGCCGAUGCCUUGGUUAAAUAUUAAAAUUGUCUAUAUGGCUCCAAUAAAAGCUCUCUGCAGUCAGCGUUUUAAUGAUUGGAAAGAUAAAUUUGGACCUAUAGGGCUCAGCUGUAAAGAACUGACAGGAGACACAGUGAUGGAUGAUUUAUUUGAAAUACAACAUGCUCACAUUAUUAUGACCACACCAGAAAAAUGGGAUAGCAUGACUAGAAAAUGGAGAGACAACUCUUUAGUCCAAUUGGUACGACUGUUCCUCAUUGAUGAGGUACAUGUUGUGAAAGAUGAAAGCCGUGGUGCAACACUUGAGGUUGUAGUCAGUCGGAUGAAGACUAUACAGUCUUCCCUUUCGCGUAUCUCAGAGAAUCCUGACAUGCUUACUCCCAUGAGAUUUGUGGCUGUUUCUGCAACAAUCCCAAAUGCUGAGGAUAUUGCAGAAUGGCUUUCAGAUGGUAUGAGACCUGCUGUAUGUCUGAAAAUAGAUGAAAGUCAUCGACCUGUGAAGCUUCGCAAAAUAGUUCUUGGAUUUCCCUGCAGUAGCAACCAAACAGAAUUCAAAUUUGACUUAACACUUAACUACAAAAUAGCUAGUGUUAUACAAACAUACUCUGAACAAAAACCAACCCUUGUGUUUUGUGCCACAAGAAAAGGAGUACAGCAGGCUGCUUCAGUUCUUGCAAAAGAUGCUAAAUUUAUUAUGACUAUGGAACAGAAACAAAGAUUACAAAAGUAUGCAAAGUCAACAAAAGAUACCAAAGUGAGAGAUCUUUUAAUGUGUGGUGUGGCUUAUCAUCAUGCUGGUAUGGAGAUAUCUGAUAGAAAAAUAAUUGAAGGAGCUUUUACUAUGGGAGACUUACCAGUACUUUGUUUUUCGUGUGGAUUAGACACAGUUGGAAUUGAAGCAAAAUUACAAGAAUUGUGUUUGAAGAAUUUGAACAAUUUGUCAUCUCUUGAUUUGAUCAAGAUGGAUGAAGAAUUUAAUUUCAAACCUACAGAGACUGGAAAACUAAUGGCUUGGUACUAUAUUGCAUUUGAUACAGUGAAACAGUUUUCCACAAUUAAUGGAACAGAAACUUUAUCAGAACUGAUCACAAUGAUAUCCGGCUGCGUUGAAUUUUCAGAUGUCAAGUUAAGAACAAAUGAGAAGAAGAUAUUGAACACAUUGAAUAAAGACAAGAACAGGAUAACUAUCAGGUUUCCAAUGGAAGGGAAGAUAAAAACAAGAGAAAUGAAAGUAAACUGUCUUAUUCAGGCUCAAUUAGGAUGCAUUCCUAUUCAAGACUUCACUUUGACACAAGAUACAGGCAAAAUUUUCAGACAUGGCUUAAGAGUUACUAAAUGGUUGUCUGACUUUCUGGCAUCACGUAAAAACAAUUUUCCUGCAUUAUUAAACUCUUUGAUUUUAGCUAAAUGUUUCAGGUGCAAACUGUGGGAAAACUCUCUGCAUGUAUCCAAACAGCUUGAAAAAAUUGGUGUAACACUGUCAAAUGCAAUGGUAAAUGCAGGUCUGACAUCAUUUAAAAAAAUUGAAGAUGCAAAUACAAGGGAACUUGAAUUGAUUUUAAACAGACAUCCUCCUUUUGGAAACCAAAUAAAAGAAUCUGUGCUACAUCUGCCAAAAUAUGAACUUGGCAUUGAACAGCUUGCAAAAUACAGUGAUACAGUGGCUGAAAUCUUAGUGACCAUCAUAUUAACAAACUUUGAACAGCUUCAGAUUAAGAGAACUGCACCAGAUUUUCACUAUGUAACCUUACUCAUAGGAGAUGCUGAUAAUCAAGUGGUUUUUAAACAGAAAAUUAUGGAUUCUGUCUUGCUGAAAAAUGGAAAUUGGACUAAAAAAAUUGAAGUGAAAAGAGCUCUUAAAUCUGAGGAACUUAGUAUAAAUUUAAUUAGCUCUGAAUAUGUUGGGGUGGAUAUUCAGCAGAACUAUACAGCCUUUUACUUAGGACCAAAAAGGUUUGGAAAUGAAGUGGUUUUACAAAGAAAAUUAGAAGCUGAGUCUUCACCUAUGUAUCAUGCCUCUUCAGUAAGAUCAACAGGAGCGAGAAAGGAUACAGGAGGUGCCUGUAACCGAGAGACCACCUACAUGAAACUUGGGAACAGAGAAUGCAGCCAUCACUGUAAAAAUAAAGAUGUAUGUGGACACGACUGCUGUAAAAUUGGAGUUUCACAGAAAUCUGAGUUAAAGAGAGGUUCAAAGUUUUCUUCAUACCUAGCUGAUUUAAGGAACAGAAAUGCAAUUUCAUCAGUUCCCCCAGUCAAACGACUAAAGAUGCAGAUACAGUUAAAUAAAUCUCAAAAUGUGGAUCUGAAACAAUUUGUUUUUACACCGAAAUCUUUGCUGCCAGCAUUGCCAAGGUCUGACUACACACAGUCUUCUGGGUCAGCUUCACGAGAACACUGGAAUAAUGUUAACAUCCUUGGUAGACCUCAGAACCAACUGCAAUCAGAGAGUUAUGAAAAGAGUAAUUUCUCUUGGGAACAUUCUGUGACUGUAAGUGAGGAGAGCCAUCAGACAAUGACGUCAAAGAAAAAUUUUAAAGAAUCUUUAAUGCAUAAUUUGACUAAUGCAGAUAAAAGCAGCUCUUGGUUUUCAGAGGCUUUGAAUGUGAACUUUGAAUUGGGAGAUGAAGUUUGGGAUGAUUUUGAUGAUGACAAAUUAAUACAUGCUAGCAGCUUUUUCACUGGUGUGGAGAGUAGAGAAGAUUUAGGAUCUGGAAACACCUACUUUCAAAGUACAAUAGAAUGUAAACCACUGUUCCAGAAUUCAGAGAGCAAAGUAACAAGUGACAUUUCAAAAAAUUUUUGCCUGUUACGAGAUAAGUCUGAUGUUCAUCUACAAAAUUCUGCCUCUUCCACAUUAAAAUCACCAUCAGAAAAGAAAUUAUCUGUACAAUAUGGAAAUACAAGUACUUUCAGCUUCCAAAAAAGAAAACAUCCAAAUCCUCCACAAGAGUUGAAAAACAGAGAGUUUUCUCCAAACUCAGAAAUAAUCUCAAGUUCUUCUCAAUUCAUUGGAAAGGAGAAUUUUUUUAUUUGCAACAAAGAAAGGAAAAAAGAAAUUGAUGUCAGAUCUCUUUCAGAUGAUGAAACCAAUGAUGUUAAGCCUUUUCUUGGAAUAUUUGAUGGCAUUUUCUAAAACAUAAACAAGAUAUAUUGUAAGUGCUGAAACAUAUUAUACUAUCAGUUCCAGAAUGAAAACUUUAAAUAUAGUUAGAGGAUUUUCUUUAAUAGCUGUUCAUUAAUAGCCCCUCUUUGCUACACAGACUAGAUAAUGAAAUUGCUAGCUAAUUUAUUUACAGAAUUCCAUGUGUGUUUUAUCUUUUUAAAAAAUAUUAAAAUCUUUGUUUAUCUAACUUGCUGUUUUUAGGAUUGGAAUGAUAAACAUAUUUGACAGUCUCUUAUUAAAGGGGAUAGUUUUCAAGCUAAGCACUUUUGGUAUAAAUCAUAUGUAAUUUUACCAUAAGAACAAAGAUGUUGUUUGUAAUAUGCAUCUGCUCACAGAACACAUUUUUGUGUAACUGAAAUGUUGUUCAUUAACAAACUUCUUACACUAUUUGUUUUUAUGAUGUCUGUUAGGUAUCCCAUUUAGACUGAAUUUUUCAUAAUACUGAUUAUUUCUGAAACAAUGAGAUUUACAAAUAAAAAGAAAUAGACUGAAUAAUUUAAUAUAUUCUGUACUCUAUAUUUCAUUCUAAAGCGCUAUAAACUUGUAAUGUAUUUGUCAACAUUAAAACAUUGUAUGGCAUUUUCCAUGCAAAAUAUCUCAGAAUGCACCACAAGACAGUUUUAAAAUAUGUCCACAAAGAGUGACUGGAAGUAGUAUUUGGGUGUUGACAUUGCUACUUAAACUUAUAAAAUGGGCUUUUAUGCAUUUUAAGUCUGAUUUGUACAUGUUAAUAUUGGAUUUAAGCAUCCUGUUAAAGCACCAAUGCUUGAAUAUUAGACUUCCCAAAUUAAUACAGUUAUGGAAAUACAUAAUAUUACAUAAAAAUCUAUAUUAAGAAAAUGUUACAGUUGCACUGUUAAACACUCAAAAGUAAGGAAAUACCAUUGUUUUGGUUUUGUAUUUUUGAUUUUCUGAUCCUUCGUAAUAUUCAGUUUAGAAAGUGUUCGGAGAAUAAAUCAAAACAGACCAUGAAUUAGAAAACACUAUCAAGACAAGCAAACAGAACCUACACAAUUGAAAAACAGAGGCAAAAAACUCCCCAUUUUGACAGACUGAGGAUUUGAUCCUAUAAUAUGUUGAGCACUCUGAGUUGACAACUUCAGUGGGAGUUGAUAGUGCUUAACGCCUGACCAAAAUGAGCAGGAUACAUUUUCUAAUUUUUUUUCCCUUCUAAUAAUUUAUCUUUCCCUUGCUAUUGGCUAUUUGGCCACGUUUGCACAUUGAGUGAGAUAUUUCCAUUGAGUUGUCUUCAGAUCUUAGUUGUUUGUAGGUUAGAAAGUGCUUUAAAUUAGUAUUGUCAAUUUAGAUUUAUUGUGUAAUAAGUAUUUUUAGUUUUGAUUGUACAUGCAACUACAGAUUCUGAUAGCAAAUUAUUUUAACUGAAUUUUUUAAAAAUCAUCAUUUUAUGGAAUUAUGGUAUCCUUCCUUGUUAGGAGACAGCCAACAGUAAGGGAAGGCAAAAAAGCUAAAAACACAUAUUACAUGAUAAAUCUCAAUUGACAGUGCCAAUUCAGAGUACUUUCCAACCUACCAAACAUUAGAAAAAGCUCUAUACCUCAUAGGAAACAUGGUAUUCCUUUCCUACAGAAGGAGAUGAUAUAGGUCAGUAUGAAGAGCUUUUUGGUGAGCUGUGUGCAGUGCAGAACAAGGCCCAUAUUCUUGCUCCUUUGCAAAAUUAGAUGUGCCUGUGUAUACCCCAAAAUUGAACACCACCUGAAUUUGAGACUUUAUACUUCACCUACAUUUGCUAGUUUUAUAUUGAGAAUAUUAUCCUGAAGAUAUUAUCUUUGAGGUUAUUCUCUUUUCCCCUUAAAUUAAAGCUUACCCAAGUGUGGGGGGUUAGUAAUUAUUACUGGAAUUUUUACAUCUUCAAACUGGUUAAUUUUCUGUAGCCAAAUUUCAGAUUUCUCCUGAUAGGUUUUCCUCCCCAUAUGAAUUUUUCAUUUCAUAUGCUGUUCAUCAGUAAUCUAUCCUCCAUGUUUUGGGGAAUAUCAUCAAUUUGUUUGUAAUUCAUGGUCAUAUUUAUUUUGAUAGAAAAGGCUUUCAUUUCCGUUUUGGUGUAU